AUGGAUACCGAAUUCUUGAAUUCUUUGUCCAAAGAUUUCGUCAAACUACUGUGUAACUCGGAAGAUUAUAAUGUCAUCAUUAAAGUUGGGGAGUCGCCGAAUAUCGAGAAUUUUAAAGCUCAUUCGUGCGUAUUGCGCGCAAGGUCACCGUACUUCUAUUCGGCCUUAUCUGGCAAUUGGGCCAAGACCGAGGGAAAUGCGAUUAUUUUUGAAAAGUCCAACAUUUCUUCUCAAACAUUUCAAAUGGUAUUAGAAUAUCUAUAUUCUGGCACAAUUUCUCUCGAUCAAUCACAUCCUACACAUCUAUUGGAUCUCCUGGUUGCGGCGGACGAAUUGAUUCUUACCGAGCUCGUGAAAUAUUUGAAAGACUUCCUUCUUAAUUCUCACCACAAAUGGAUUUGCCAGCACCCUCUUCAGGUGUUGUAUCACACUGCCUUCCGCUUGGAAAGUUGCAAGGAAUUACAGGAAUUGUGCUUGAAGAUCAUUUGUGAAAAUCCAACUUUGAUAUUUGGAACCACGGCUUUCUUGACGAUUGAUGAACCAGUUCUCGUUUCAAUCCUUCAAAGGGAUGACCUUCAGAUAGAUGAAGUCGAGAUAUGGGAUUUCCUGAUUAGAUGGGGUAUCGCUCACACGCGUACACCGGGGCUUGACGCUGAUGUUUCCAAGUGGUCAAACGAUGAUUUUUCUGCGUUGAAGUCCACUUUACAAAAUUGUAUCCCGCUCGUCAAAUUUAGCCACAUAAGUCCCGACGAGAUACCUUCCCGACUGAGUCCGUUUAAUAGGAUCUUGACAAGCAGCGAUAAGUGCUUGAGAGAGGAAGAUUCGAUGUUCAAGACUCUGAUUGAUUCAAAAAUUAUUAAAUUGAAGCACGCCUCACUCAUCUCUCAUUGGAUCGACCUUGAAGAAGACAAAAAACGAGUAUACAGGGAAUCCCCCUCUCAUGAAUUCAAACUUCUUUUACGUGGCAGUCGAGAUGGUUUUAGUGCACGUAAAUUCCAUGAGCUUUGUGAUCACAAGGGUAGAACAAUUGUGGUCAUGAAGGUUGCAGGUACCGGAAAGAUUGUUGGAGGUUAUAAUCCCGUGAGCUGGAGGAGCGGGUUCUUUGGCAGAUGGAUUAAGACAAACGACAGUUUUAUUUUUUCUUUCGACGACAACGAAAAUUUAAAUAAUUCAAAGAUAUGUAGAAUUUUAUCUCAACACUCGGGGAUGGCCUUAUUUGGAGCAGACGUCCGUGGACCGUGCUUUGGAAAUCGUGAUUUGUGGAUGUCAAAUUUCAACAAUCUGUCACGGCAAUGCUCGAGUCAGAGGUCGUAUUAUGAUAAAAGCGUAAUCGAUUCGAAUAAAUUUGACGUGGAGGAUUACGAAGUGUUUCUUAUUUCUAAAAAUAACAUUCCCAAAGAAGAGAAAAUUUUUUCUUCAUAA